UGGUGCCUCGACAAGCUGGCUUUUCAAAAAUAAAGAACAUGGAAAAGCUAGUGCUGCUGCAAGUCUGGGUAUGAUCCUGCUUUGGGAUGUUGAUUCUGGUCUUGCACAAAUUGACAAGUAUUUCCAUAGUACUGAUACCCAUGUCAUUGCCGGUGCACUAUUAGGAGUUGGGAUUGUAAACUGUGGUAUCAAGAACGAAUGUGAUCCGGCAUUGGCACUUCUAGCUGAGUACAUAGACAAAGAGGACCCUUCAAUUAGAAUUGGUGCUAUAAUGGGCCUUGGUCUUGCUUAUGCUGGUUCUCAGAAUGAGCAGAUCCGUAGUAAAUUGACUCCAAUACUUGGAGAUAGUAAGGCUUCCCUUGAUGUGCUUGCCUUUACUGCUAUAUCAUUGGGAUUGGUAUAUGUGGGUUCGUGCAAUGAAGAGAUUGCUCAGGCAAUAAUAUUUGCAUUGAUGGAAAGAAGUGAGUCAGAAUUAGGCGAGCCCUUUGCCCGCCUGUUGCCUCUUGGUCUUGGUCUCCUGUAUCUUGGAAAACAGGAAAGUGUCGAGGCUACAGCUGAGGUCUCAAAGACUUUCAAUGAAAAGAUUAGAAAACAUUGCGAUAUGACCCUGCUUUCUUGUGCCUAUGCUGGGACAGGCAAUGUGCUCAAGGUCCAACAUUUUCUUGGUCAAUGUGCCCAACAUUUUGAGAAGGGUGAAACCUUCCAGGGACCUGCCGUCCUUGGUAUUGCAAUGGUGGCAAUGGCUGAAGAACUGGGGCUCGAGAUGGCCAUACGCUCGCUAGAACACCUUUUACAGUAUGGAGAGCAAAAUAUCAGAAGAGCAGUUCCUUUGGCUCUUGCCCUCCUCUGCAUUUCAAAUCCAAAGGUCAAUGUGAUGGACACUCUGAGCAGGCUUAGUCAUGAUUCAGACUCCGAAGUAGCUAUGGCUGCUAUCAUUUCCUUGGGAUUGAUAGGUGCAGGAACAAACAAUGCCAGAAUAGCUGGCAUGCUGCGCAAUCUUUCCAGUUACUAUUACAAAGAAGCCAACCUUCUUUUUUGUGUGCGGAUUGCCCAAGGUCUUGUUCAUUUGGGAAAAGGAUUGUUAACUCUCUCACCAUAUCAUUCUGAACACUUUCUGUUAUCUCCGACUGCAUUGGCUGGACUGGUAACUAUGCUGCAUGCAUGUCUUGAUAUGAAGGCCAUUAUCUUGGGGAAAUAUCACUAUGUGCUUUAUUUCCUCACUUUAGCUAUGCAGCCAAGGAUGCUACUGACUGUGGAUGAAAAUUUGAAACCCUUGUCGGUUCCUGUCCGUGUUGGCCAAGCUGUUGAUGUUGUAGGCCAGGCAGGUCGACCCAAGACCAUUACUGGUUUCCAGACCCACUCAACCCCGGUUCUCCUUGCUGCCGGAGAUCGAGCUGAGCUUGCAACCGAGAAAUACAUUCCGCUCUCGCCCAUUCUUGAAGGCUUUGUCAUCUUGAAGGAGAAUCCCGACUAUAGAGAUGAUCAAUAGUAAUCUCGUUGAGGUAUAUGAAUGAAAUGAGUCUAGAAGUUUUAGAUGGCCUACGAUAUCUAUCAAGGGAGAAUGGCAGGAGACAGUUGAUGACACCGUCUAAUUUGCUCAAGUUGCUUUUCUAUGAGAUCCAUUUGGUGGCGCAACUGAGGCAAUCGGGUCCAUCUUUGCUUUGAAGUGUUUGAAAGUUUCCAAGUUUGUUUUUCAGCGGCACGUCUUUACCUGAUGUGUUCUUUCCUUUUGUCCCAUUGAAGUGUCCCGUGUAAAGUUGCAGAUAGUUAUUUAUUGCUGAAGCUGAAAUGGAAAUCGUUCUGUUUAGAGCGUAUCUGAUGCAGAGAUUUGAACGGCUUUGGCAUCAGACCUUGUGUUUCCGGCAUAGUUUAAUGAUGUUGCUCUAUGGGUUGGGACUCGAGAGAGCUGAAUUAUGUAAAAUCGAAAAUGACCAUUUAUGAUCAUGAUAUUAUUUCUGCAUAAAGUUGAGGAGAA